UAGUUCCGGAGGCAACUUUUGGGGCGGACGGACGAAUUUCGUCAGGAUCCGGAGGAAUGAAUCGGCCUUUAGCCACAGGGCAGCUUGUUUUAACACUACUGCUGCGCACCCCACAUGGAGGUGGAAUUAUGAAAGAAGCCCCUCUGACUGAACGUUAGAUGAGGAUCUCCCCGGGGUGAGGGAAAUCUGACCGAUUAGGAAUGCUGCAGAAGGUAUCCUCACAUCUCCUGAGAUGUGGAGCGUCUACGCUGCCCAUCAGGCGAUCACAUGCGUACUCUGGGAACCCGACCGGGCUGGGCGCUCUGGGCUCGCUGUUCAGAGUUCACCCGUCGGUCUCUCAGGCACUGGCAGAACACCAGCCGGUGGUUGCCUUGGAGUCCACCAUCAUCACCCAUGGCAUGCCCUUUCCACACAACUUGAGUACUGCCAUGGAGGUGGAGUCCCUGGUCCGGGCUCAGGGUGCCAUCCCAGCGACGGUUGGGGUGCUCCGGGGCAGGGUCCAUGUGGGGCUGUCCUCAGAGGAACUGGAGUACCUGGCCCGCAGUGAGGGGUCCCUCAAAAUCUCCCGCCGCGAUCUACCCUACGCCAUCAGCAAGGGCCUCUCUGGGGGUACCACCGUGUCCGCCACCAUGAUCGCGGCUCACAGCACUGGGAUCCCCGUCUUUGUCACCGGAGGCAUCGGUGGAGUCCACCGUGGAGGGGAGCACAGUCUGGAUGUCAGUGCCGACCUCACCGAGUUGGGGAGGACUCCCGUUGCUGUGGUCUCCGCUGGGGUCAAGUCCAUCCUGGACAUCGGCCGCACCCUUGAGUUUCUCGAGACCCAGGGUGUGUGUGUCGCCACCUACGGACAGUCCAACAAUUUCCCGGCCUUUUUUUCUCCACAAAGUGGAUUCACUUCCCCGUAUCAUGUCCGCGACCCGGAAGAGGCAGCCAAACUAAUCGAGGGCACGCUGUCCCUGGGGCUCCAGAGCGGCCUGCUCAUAGCGGUCCCCAUCUGUGAAGAGCACGCAGCGGUAGGCCAGCAGAUAGACGACGCGAUACAGACCGCUGUAGCCGAGGCCAGUUUCGUAGGGAUCAGAGGGAAGGACGUGACGCCGUUUAUCCUUCGAAGGGUCAACGAGUUGACUAAAGGAAAGUCCCUCGAAGCUAAUGUUGCACUCAUUCACAACAACGCCAAAGUAGGGAGCCAGAUAGCGUGUGAACUGGCAAAACGAAGACACGAUAGAAAGAGGAAACAGCCUACAAGCUAUCAUGUAAUGAGUUCUCCAGAGUCCAAGUCUGAAAUUGUUGUAAUAGGAGGAAUAAAUGUGGAUUUUAUUGCCAAGGGAAAAACUGAGGAUAUUGUGUUUGGACAGACAAACCCGGGAAAUGUGUGUCAGUCCUUUGGUGGCGUAGGCCGGAAUAUUGCCGACAUUCUGAGCCGGUUAGGUCGCAGAGUCCUGUUCAUCUCAGCUAUUGGUUCUGACUCUCACAGCCAUGCAGUGCUGAACUACUGUCAACACAUGAACACCAGCGGCAUUGCUAGGCUUGCCGACCAGAGGACUGCUACAUACUGUGCUGUCAUCACUGAGAGUGGCGAGCUUAGCCUUGGGCUGGGCGACAUGGACAUCCAUCAGCAGAUCACAGAGCAGUAUGUUUCUUCAUUUGAGGAGCAGCUUUCGUCUGCCUCUCUGGUUUGUCUGGACGGUAACCUCCCUGUGUCCACCAUAGACUAUGUCUGUGGCCUUGCCAAGGAACUGGCACUCAGCGUUUGGUACGAGCCAACGGACUCUGUUAAGGCCUCCAAGCCUUUCCAGUCUGAAUCCUGGAAGCAGCUGUCCUACUCCUCCCCCAACCUGGCUGAGCUGUGCACCAUGAACACAACCCUGGGACUGCAGACACCUGACGUGUUUCCGAGCUCUCUUGGAGACGUGCUGUCAUGUGCGCUGGCUCUCUCACGCCCCCUGUUGGAGCACCUGCACUGUCUCAUAGUGACUUUAGGCUCCGACGGAGUGCUGGUGUGCGGCCAGCAUGAUGGCAACGGGUCGGUCCAUCUGCGACCGAGGGUGGAAGGAGAGACGCGGGGCCGGUUGUGUGCUGUGCACUAUGCGUCACUUCCUGUCAGCGCAGAGAUAGUGAACGUCUCUGGAGCGGGAGAUAGUCUUGCAGGUAGCAUCAUGGCGGGGGUCAUCCAGGGUCAAGACACUGACAGCUGUGUCCGGAUGGGCCUCCAAGCUGCGCGGCUCUCCCUGGCUUCCCAGCACCCUAUUGACCCACUGCUUUGCAUGGACUCUGUGGACCCUUACAAGACCCUGAGCCAAGCCUGGCCCAAGCCACAUUUCUUGUGGAUAGAUUAAAAACAAAAAGGAUUACAGAUGGAUCAGGGACAGUGGUACAUAAAUAAAAUGGCUUUUGUUACAUGUCAGAAGGUGUGCACUGUUAAAUAACAUGGCCUUAUUGCAUAAGUACAUGAUAAAUACAUUUUCUGGUGUAA